ACGCUAGUUCAUUCAAUCGUUCGAUAUUUCCACGAUUAAGCCAACCCAGUGAAAUAGCAAUACAUCUAGCAUUGCGGAUACCAGGGCUUCUGACUGAAGCAACCGCGUGUCUGCCUCGGAGCGAGCGUCAAGCACCUGUAAAGUUGGUAGUACGCUGCCAAACUCCUCCUCGCUGAACUGACGGAGCAGCGUGUAGUGUGGAAGACAAUUGCAUGGACCCGGGAGAAAGUGGUACUCACGUGUAGAGAGCACACGACGAGCAAUGGAAGCGUUAAUACAUCGACACUGGAUAUAUUCAACGAUGCUUACAUCGAGUGUGGAUUUACCAUAGUUUCCAGGUUUUGAAAACGCACUCUUAACUAAUGUUCAAUAUGUUUGAGGAUUUGUACACCAUUGUCCCGUUGUUUAUUCUCGGAAUGACUACAGCUUUCCAAGACACCUACUUCGAUGAAGACCCAAGUGACCCGCUGCCUCGUUUCCUGCCUAACCCCAGUAACUAUACGUAUCGUGUUGGACAAACCGCAGUGUUAAAGUGUGAAGUGGAGAACCUAGGUGAAAAGAAGGUUAGCUGGCGAAGAGCCUCUGAGUCCAGUCCUCUGACGGUGGGAACUCUGACGUUUAUAGAUGAUAACAGAUUUAGUAUACGUCACCCUCAGGGGUCGUCAAAAUGGCAUCUUGUCAUUGACAAGGUUAAUCUGGAAGAUGCGGGUAUAUACGAAUGUCAGGUUCCAUCAAAGGUUCGACAUUUAAGAUCACAUAUCUUACUGAUUGUAAGAGAGCGUCGUACGACAAAAACAGCGUUGGAUAUACAAAUUACAGGUAAACCUUUUGUAGAGAAGGGGGAUACGAUCCUCCUCAUGUGCAAUGCCACAGGCAAAGAUCACCCACCCGACGAUCUGGACUGGUUCAAAAAUGGGAAUAAACUUUUAACCCAAUAUGCAAAUAAGGUGUACAUAAGGAAGUUUGUUUCCUUGACAACCAAGACAAUUGUCAGCAUUCUUGAGAUAAAGGAUGCAACACUGGAGGAUGCUGGGAUGUACGUUUGCCGGACUUCUGAUCUCCAGAUUACAAGUGCGAGAGUCAACGUAUUAAAAACUGAUACUUCAAACUGGAAAAGAGGUACAGCUCCGAAAAAUUCAACAAGUGGAGCAACUAGCUCUAACAACGGGACUUAUUCUUCCCACAACUUUACAUUUGUAAUUCUCAUGAUUGUUUUGACAGUUUUAAAAAUAUGCGUCUGGUGUCCAAGGUGACGACCUCCUUUACGACACUACUCCGUCUUUCCUCACCGUCAUUCUAAACUUUGUGUUUGUGAUAUUUUGAAUGGAUUAAACGGGAUAACUCCGACAAGAAUGUGCCGACAUUUGGGAUUACACCGAAAGAGAGCACGUCGGAGUAAGAGUAUUCAUCGAUAACGGAAACAUUCACCUGGAUAUAUUUUCACAUCAUUGUACCUAGUAUUUAUUCAUCCCCAUCAUCUCUCUAUAUAUAUAUCAGCAUUCGAUACCUCAUUUUCACUCAUUCGUCGUUUAGCGACGUUAGGAACAUUAAUGGGACCAGAAGAACCGUUGUUGUCAGGAUGUACCUUCAGUGUUUGGCUGUAGGGCUUGUUACAUCAUUGAACCAGCAGAUUCUCCUCCAUCAGUGUCGUGGAUAGAACCCUGAUGGAGGGGACAUUGUACUCUUUCACACCAUGAAGUGAUAAAUUUAACCGUCUCAACGUCGACGAAGGACUUAUUCUUGAUACAUCAUCCCUCUCUGGUAGCGAAAACAGGCCGCGAUACAGCAUGUACUGGUGUCGGGAAGUGACACCUCCUCACAUACCCGGGAAGUGAAACCUCGCCCUGAUAACUCUUCUUGUAUGUGGGAAGUGAAACCACGCAGUGAUACAACAUCCUUCCGUACUCGAGAAGUGAGGCCACGCAGUGAUACAACAUCCUUCUGUACACGAGAAGUGAGGCCACGCCGAAAUUCAAUAUACUUCUGUACUGGAAAAGUGAAACCACGCAGUGAUACAACAUCCUUCCCUACUCGAGAAGUGAAACCACGCAGUGAUACAACAUCCUUCUGUACACGAGAAGUGAAAUCAUGCAGUGAUACAACAUCCUUCUGUACACGAGAAGUGAGGCCACGCCGAAAUUCAAUCUACUUCUGUACUGGAAAGGUGAAACCACGCAGUGAUACAACAUCCUUCUCUACUCGAGAAGUGAAAUCAUGCAGUGAUACAACAUCCUUCUGUACACGAGAAGUGAAACCACGCCGCAAUACAACAUCCUUCCAUACUCGAAAAGUGAAACCAUGCAGUGAUACAACAUCCUUCCGUACUCGAGAAGUGAAAUCAUGCAGUGAUACAACAUCCUCUGUACUCGAGAAGUGACGCCAUGCCGUAAUUCAACAUCCUUCUGUACUCGAGAAGUGAAAUCAUGCAGUGAUACAACAUCCUCUGUAUUUGAGAAGUGACGCCAUGCCGUAAUUCAACAUCCUUCUGUACUCGUGAAGUGAAACAACGCAUUGAUACAACAUCCUUCCGUACCCGAGCAGUGACAUCACACCGUGUGACACCUUCCUCACAAAGACCUCCUUCAGUGGACCACACAGUACUACACAACUUGUAUCACUUCCCGUCAUAGACCUCCCCAGAGCUACCACCACACGACCGCUGAACCAGCCAGGGACGUCCACUUAUAGCGUAUCUCAGCGAGUGAGAGCUGUUCUUCCUUGACUCCAAGUGGUGUCAUCUAUCUGCACGAAACAACAAUCAUACCAGUUCGAUUCACCAAUGAAUUCAUUCGAUGAAAAUCAUCUUGUCUCUUGUGUGUCGGAGGAACAGUGACACACAGCCGUGGAAAUACACACAGUGCUGCGGGGAUACACACAGCCGUGGAAAUACACACAGUGCUGCGGGGAUACACACAGCCGUGGAAAUACACACAGUGCUGCGGGGAUACACACAGCCGUGGAAAUACACACAGUGCUGCGGGGAUACACACAGCCGUGGAAAUACACACAGUGCUGCGGGGAUACACACAGCCGUGGAAAUACACACAGUGCUGCGGGGAUACACACAGCCGUGGAAAUACACACAGUGCUGCGGGGAUACACACAGCCGUGGAAAUACACACAGUGCUGCGGGGAUACACACAGUGCUGCGGGGAUACACACAGUGCUGCGGGGAUACACACAGUGCUGCGGGGAUACACACAGCCGUGGAAACACACACAGUGCUGCGGGGAUACACACAAAUGCAUACUCUGUUAACAGAAAUGUAGUGCAUAUACAAUAUGACAGUAAUAUGUACACUGUUACAGUAACACAUACACUAUAUGUUACAGUAACAGAGACACAAUGUAGUACAAACAAUAUGGCAGUAAUAUAUAUUGUUGCAAAAUACAUAAAUUACAUGUUUCAGUAAUACAAACAUAAUUUAGUACAUAUACAUAAUGGCAAAAACAUACACUGUUGCUGUGAAGCAUACACUGCAUGUUACAGUUAUAUUUUUCUAAUUUCUUUAUUAAUUUCUUUUAAUAUUGAACUUACCAAAUUCUGUUAGUAACAGUGCUGCCCUUGUAGAAUGUGGAAGACAAAAGAUUUUUAUAUCAUGCCGCUAAAGUAAUAAAGUAUAAUAUACAACUUUUCCUGUGAAUCCUAUUAAAUUGCCAAAGCAAACGUAUUUUAUGCUAUUUUGAUAGAUAAAUUUGGUAGAUCUGGGGUAACGUUUAUAUUUGGUUAUGCAUGGAUUAUUUAAGACUGCGGGGAUUGUAAUGUUAAGCAACCUAUUAACGAUUGCGGCCAACAAACCUGGAACGAUAGUUUAACACAAAACUCGAAACUAGCAGCGUAUUAUACAUAUACAUCUUUAUUACGAACAGGAACUUAUCUUACUUGAGUUGAAAAUAAUGCGUUUCGAAUGGCACUUUUAAAAUGUCGAUGCAGCAACCACAAUCUAGAACAGGAAAAGGGGAGAAAAACAGGGAUAUAUUUUGAAAACAGUGUCUGUACUUAUUUCGAACGUUAUGGUUAAUUAUGUUAGCUCCGAUUCAUCACAACAAUCCCUGUCCAGAAAGGUUCGCAUCUAUCUUGUCUACUAUAAAAGUUAAUACUAAAUGUUUGUCAGACCCCAUCAUAGUAUAUUUUUUUGCUUUUAAGCUUAGAACAUUUCUAAAUAUUCGGACAUACAUAAACUCCACCUUGGUCAAAUAUAGUCAUAUUGUACAUUUCAUCAAAUAGGAAAUAAACAAACAAACAUGUUACAGUAAUACAAACAUAAUGUAGUACAUAUAUAACAUAGCAGUAACAUACACUGUUGCUAUAAUACAUACACUUUAUGUUACGGUAAAACAAACAUAAUGUAGUACAUACACUGUUGCUAUAAUGCAUCCGCUUUAUGUUACGGUAAUACAAACGUACUGUAGUACAUACACUGUGGCAGUAACAUACACUGUUGCUAUAAUGCAUACACUAUAUGUUACGGUAAUACAAACAUUCUGUAGUACAUACACUGCUCCUAUAAUACUUACACUCUAUGUUACUGAAAUACAAACAUAAUGUAGUACAUACACUGUUGCUAUAAUACUUACGCUCUAUGUUACGGUAAUACAAACAUAAUGUAGUACAUACACUGUUGCUAUAAUACAUAUACUAUGUGUUACGGUAAUACAAACGUACUGUAGUACAUACACUGUGGCAGUAACAUACACUGUUGCUAUAAUGCAUACACUAUAUGUUACGGUAAUACAAACAUAAUGUAGUACAUACACUGUUGCUAUAAUACAUAUACUAUGUGUUACGGUAAUACAAACGUACUGUAGUACAUACACUGUGGCAGUAACAUACACUGUUGCUAUAAUGCAUACACUAUAUGUUACGGUAAUACAAACAUUCUGUAGUACAUACACUGCUCCUAUAAUACUUACACUCUAUGUUACUGAAAUACAAACAUAAUGUAGUACAUACACUGUUGCUAUAAUACUUACGCUCUAUGUUACGGUAAUACAAACAUAAUGUAGUACAUACACUGUUGCUAUAAUACAUAUACUAUGUGUUACGGUAAUACAAACGUACUGUAGUACAUACACUGUGGCAGUAACAUACACUGUUGCUAUAAUGCAUACACUAUAUGUUACGGUAAUACAAACAUUCUGUAGUACUGACACUGUUGCUAUAAUACAUACACUGUUGCUAUGACACAUACACAAUAUGUUACGGUAUUACAAAGAUAAUGUAAUACAUACACUGUUGCUUUAAUGCGUACACUCUAUGAUAUGGUAAUACAAAUAUUCUGUAGUACAUACACUGCUGCUAUAACGCAUACACUGCUGCUAUAAUACAUACACUAAAUAUUACGGUAAUACAAACAUAAUGUGGUACAUACACUGUGGCAGUAACGUACACUGUAGCCAUAAUACAUACACUAUAUGUUACGGUAAUACAAACAUAAUGUAGUACAUACACUGUUGCUAUAAUACAUACACUGUUGCUAUGAUACAUACACUAAAUAUUGCGGUAAUACAAACAUAAUGUAGUACAUACACUGUGGCUAUAAUACGUACACUGUUGCUAUGAUACAUACACUAAAUAUUACGGUAAUACAAACAUUAUGUAGUACAUACACUGUGGCAGUAACAUACACUGUUGCUGUAAUACAUACACUCUGUGUUAAGGUAAAUCAAACAUAAUGUGGUACAGACACUGUGGCAGUAGCAUACACUGUUGCUGUAAUACAUACACUCUAUGUUAAGGUAAAACAAACAUAAUGUAGUACAGACACUGUGGCAGUAGCACACACUGUUACAAUAUAACGUAGACACAAUAGAACGUCUAGGGCUUGUGCCCGCGUGGAACAAUAUCGAUAUGCUUAAAUAAUUUGACACCAAGAGCUCGCUGCAACCUUUCCUUGUCAAACUGGAUGUAUAGCGUGUCUUCUAUAAAUGUUCUUCUAAAAAAUAUUUGGGUUUUGAAAUGUUUAAAUGUUAUUUGCUGCUAUACGGAGACAGACAUGUCAUUCUCCGAUGACGAGAACGAUCAAACGCAGGCUCCAAGUACACACCCAGCUCCAUACAGGGGCUAACACUCUCUUCGUUGAAUAAUGCGCAUAUGUCCGUCAGUAAAUGGUUGUACAAGUGUCGGCCUAGAGAUUUAUUAAACACUUUUGAGUAAAUAUGUAUAUAUUACUGACAGUAUAACGUGCCUUAAACAUUUCCAAAACGCCAAAUCCAUUUCAGUACUGAAACUGCCCCUUCUUGCAGUGUCGUGUUUCAACCACAUGUACUAGUAAUUGAUAUACAUGGCAUUACACUAUGAGGUAUCCAAUAUGAACAGGUGUUCCACCGUAACAACCGUAGCUCAUGACGUCAUCAUUUGAAUCCUAUGUGUCCACUGUACAAACACACUUGUUCGCUGUUGCAUUACAUUCAUUUACACACUAUUCAUAAUGACUUAUUGAUUGAUGAAACAUUUACGGAAAUUGAUUGAAUGAACUGUCUACUUCACGAAUAUGUGCAUUUAAUUCAGGAGAUAACAACGAAUACAAUGUUGCAGGACCGGAAUACCAUGUCUGCAGGAUAGGAAUACAAUGUUUGCAGGAUAGGAAUAAAAUGUGUGCAGGAUAGGAUUUCAAUUAUUGCAGGAUAGGAAUAGAAAUGUUCCAGGAUAGGAAUACCAUGUCUGCAGGAUAGGAAUACAAUGUUUGCAGGAUAGGAAUACAUUGUUUCAGGACAGGGAUACCAUGUUUGCAGGAUAGGAAUACAACGUUGCAGGAUAGGAAUUCAAUGUUUGCAGGAUAGGAAUACAAUGUUGCACGUUAGCAAAAGCAGCAAACCAUUUAAAUCCGGACGAAGGCAUCAAGAUUAUCAUGUACCCGGAUUAACGAAUACUGUGUACGGGGUAAUGCCAUCUUCCAUUCAAACAGACUUUAAGACGUUCCAAACGGUAUGAUCUGGUGUUCCAGAGUCCGGUCUAACGGGGGUUGACUGUAGCUGAGUUCCCUACUUUUCCUAAUAUUCGAUGCGUCACUCAGAUUGCUGUACAUACAACCUGGGACGAUCAACCGUGUUUGUUUUAUAAAUAAACAGUUCA